CUGAACGGAGAGUUUCGUAGCUGAUUGUUAUAUAAGUUGUGCUACUACUAUACACGAAAUCUCACCUGGAAUACAGAUAACCAAAAUAUAUAUAUAUAUAUAUAUAUAUAUAUAUAUAUAUAUAUAUAUAUAUAUAUAUAUAUAUAUUGUCAUCAGAAUAAUAAUUGUCACUUGAAUACAGUAUUUUGAGCAUAUGGUUCAGGUAUUACAUUAUUCAAAUUCAUAUCUCGAAGUGGAAAAGGCGUGAAUUUAAAAUUUUGUACCUGCACCAACAUCAAAACGGCAUAGCCAAUACAAACAUCUAUUAUGGCUGUAAUGACACCAGUGGCAUAGAAUAUGGGAUGUUUUUACCCCAACAGAACGGAGAAGAAAAAUAUAUAUGCUAAUGAAUUUCCUGAUGGAUCAACUGCAUUUUAGGUAUAAGAGGAUGUCUCAAUGCAAAGUGUGGCUUGACAACUACACAGGACAGUAUUAUCCAGGCAACCUGAUCCAAGGAAAAGUGAUACUGAAUUUCAAUAGUGAAACAAAAUUAAGAGGGAUAAAGGUACGAAUAGUUUGCCAUGAACACACUGAGUGGAUGGGAGAGGAAAGUUACUAUGAUUCCACCAGGAAUAAACAUGAAACUCGUAUGACACAGUUUCGUGGAGAUAAUGAUGCAUUUGCUACUGAACUAAUACUACAUGGAGGGCAUUCCGGAACAACAUCCUUACCUGCUGGUCAGCACAUGUACCCAUUCAGUAUUGUCUUACCGACUAACCUUCCUGGAACAUACAGCUGCGAUGAAGGAAACAUAACAUACAAGUUGAUAUCUAUAGUUGACCGACCUAUGGCGUUUGAUUACCAAGAUGAACUGAUUUUCGUAGUUGUGGCACCUAUCGAUUUGAAUCUAAUAGGAAGAAGUGACUUGCUGGAACCAACGAGUUACUCGAAUGAUAAAACUAUCUGCUGCUGGUGUUGUGCACAAGGCCCAAUUUCUUUGGACGUUGAACUACCAAGAAAGACUUUAACUCCUGGUGAGACUGUUAACAUUACUGCAAGGGUCUCGAACAUGUCCAAUACGAAUUUAGAAGGCGUCAGAUUCAAACUCACACAGAAUAUAACAUGUAAAGUAGAUGAACCAAAUAGAGAUGACAAGACAAUCUACAACACCUUGGUGGAACAAAACGACGUUGGACUUGGAGCACAUGGAGAACACACGUACACCUUCCCUGUAAUGUUACCUAUGAAUAUAAUCUUGCCCAAUUUCUGUAUGUGUAGACUAUUCAGGGUGGAGUACACGUACAAGGUAACAGCAAAAUUACCAGGUGUUCAUUCGAACUUAGAAGUGCAGAUGAAUCCCGAAAUAGGAAAUGUCCAAAUAGGUCAAGCACCAACCUCAGCCACAAGCGGCUACACCAUGGGAUUCCAAGUACCUACCUCACCUUCUGCGCCCAAUCAAGGGCUACCAUACCCCCCAGUUGGCGGUGUUCCAGUCUUUCCGCCAUCUGCACCUCCAGCACAUCUAAAAGAACAAGACCAAGGCUAUGGUGGUGGUGAGGGAACAAAUAGUGAACCACCACCACCGUCUUACGAUUCCCUAAACCUCAAAAAUUAACACUCAGAGGAUAUUCACCAGUUCACUUCCGUCAUCUGGAUGAAGGAGACCAAUUUGGAGAAAUCACAUUGGCGGCUAGAUAUUUACACAUUUUAGUCAUGUUUUGUUCGCUAUAAGAUUAUAAUUGUGCUUAAAAUUGUCGAUAUUGUAUUUAUGUAAUCAACAAAAAACUAUAACCCCUGGUAUAGGGAGAAAAGAUGUUAUAUUUUGCGAAAUUUUUAUUAAAUCAAAUACAAAUGAACUAUGAAUUUGUUCAAGAAUGAUGAAGUGCUGAGCUUUGAGGAAUAAUAACAUGGAGUAUUGUACUUUGUUUUUUAUGUAGUCUGCUACUAAAAGUUUAAGUUAACAAACUCGUAGUUCAGCUUAUUUGAUGCAGAUUUUUAUACGUUUUUCAAAUAUAAUAUAUUGUAUAUGUGCAUACUUUUAAUUUGUUUGACAUCGUUUUCUAUGGACUGAUUGAUGGUUGCAUUUAACUAGAUCAAAAGUAUUCUCUGUGCCACCCAGCCAGCAAGGUGACGUCAGUUUCACGUUAGAAAGACGUCACAGUUCACGUCAAAAUAACCAACAUGUGAUUGAAUAUUUAGGUCUUUAUGAUGACGAUAUAUGCCACAGCAAUUUGAUGUCAUUUAGGUAUUUGAGACGUAGAAAAUACGUCACUGUUUGCAUGAAUUAUCACCAAAUGAGCAAGUGAUUUUACGUUAAUAUGACGGCAAUCUACUAUCAGAGCAAUGCGAUUAAACUAGUAGUUCCAUCUACCAUAUUGUAGAGUAUAAACGCAUAUAUUUUGGGAUUUUUCAAAAAAAUGUCUUCAGCGGUUUUUAACUUUGUCAACAUUGCCAAGUUAAAUAUUACAGGGUUGCCGAUAUGUAACUGACUGGUUUGUAUCUUGAAUAUUUGUGAAAUUAAAUAAAAUACGUCCAUUUUUUUCA